AUGGGGCAAGAUAUCAAAGUUCAAUUAUCUUUUGAGGAAUUGCAAGGGGAGAAAUUGAACGCAGAAUUUCUCAGCUAUAAAGAGGUUGAACAUAUCAGCUCUGCUUCGAAAAUGCUUCGUCACGGUUAUGGGGGAUUGAGGAUUGAAUCACUUCGUAGUUUUGAGGAUGGUCAGCUGCUAAGGACAGCGUCACAGCUCCAGCAAGCUCAAUGCGCCUUUGGCAACCUAAGAUCGCAACUCGAGCAUGAUAAGGACCACGUAACUUUUGCAGAGAAGGUCUCGCAAGAUCAGCAAUCUGAAAAUGCACGUGAGAAGACACUGUCCAGGCACCAUAUCAAGUCGUCUGCAGAGUUUUUCAUGCACUACAUUACGCCGAUUGCUACUGAGACGCCGUUUUGGAACUCAUUUAGCGAGUCAAUUGUAACCCUUGGGGGGGAGGGUAGGCAGUUGGCGCUAACCAUAACUAAGCACCACGGUCACUGGUCACCACAGCCUCGUCCUCCGGCCCCGACUUCAAAUCCAACACAGCCUGAGAUCAGCGCAUGCACAAUAGCUGCUGCUAGCUUGGCUAAGCUUUUUGCCCCGCGCUGCAGCGUCGGAGUGUGCAAGUCGCGGGUUCGAUCAGGAUUGCGAGCAUUGAAUCUCUCCCUCUCUCUCUUCCCCAUGGCGAUGGCUUCUUCGGCGUCGUCGUUGUCAAUUCCGUUGAAGCCAAGUGAGGCAUUUGGAGUGAAGGGAUCCCUCCGAGAUGGGGUUCAUUUCGUGGAGGGGUAUACUUUCAUUUACGUUGCCAGCCAUUGUGUAAUCGAGAAGAACAUACGAGAUUUGAGAGCGCAGGGGCGCUUCCUUACAGGCUCUCCGAGCAUGUGUGGCAUCUCCGCCAUUGUUGUCAGCCCUGAUGACCGAACCCUGGCGGUUGCCGAGAUUGCGAAGCUGCAGGACGUGAAUAGUAGUUAUAGCAGCAGCAGCGUGGCGGCCGCGAGUCCUGUGAUUAGUGUUUACAGUGCUGCAAAGCUCUCGAAAAAGCAGUCUCUGAUUAGUGCUUCGGCCGGAUCGCACGAGUACAUUUCGUUGUCGUAUACUUGUGAUGGGAAGCACCUCGCUGCUUUGGGUGGGCCGCCGGAGUGGCUGUUGCAGCUGUGGCAUGUUAGGAAAACCAAAGUGCUGUGUUCUAUUAAGACUGUUACCUUAAACUCAACAGGAGCUUAUCAGGUACGAUGCUGUCCAGUGGACAAGAAUUGGUUUACAGUGUGUGGAGAUGGCUUUGCGAAGACGUACAAGAUGGUGGACACCGACUUGCGGCAGGUGUCCACAGAUUAUACGAACCAGGAGGGACGGAAAGUAUUCUGUCAUUCUUGGAUUCCACGAUCUGCCGUAAAAUCAGCUGAGGAUGAGGAAACCAAAGCCAAGGGUGGGAAAGGAUUAAACGGCAAGAUCACGGUCGUUAAGAAAGCAAAUAAAGAGAUGAAGCUAAAAGGCAAUGAGGUGGUGAAAUGUGGUUGCGUGUACGCUCUUGAUUCCGGGGAGCUUUUGUAUGUAAACCAUGGGGAGGUGAUCGCAAAAAUACCUAUGCAAGAGUCGGGAGAUGAAGUAUGCAUUGUCCAGACUAUUUUACCAUAUUCGAAAGGUUUUAUAUGUGGCGAAAAUGGAAAAGUUUCAGUUUAUGACUACGAUAAGGAUCAUAAAACCUACAAGAAAGUUCGGUCUAUUAAAGUGGAGGAGACCAACGCUCGCGUUCAUGGAUUAGCCUUGUCGUCUGAGGAGGAUGUGUUGAUAUGUUUGCUAUCCACCAACCGUCUCAUCCACCUUUGUUUUGACGAGAUUGAUACGAUGUCAGCUGAUACGGUCUCGAAGAAAGUCCAAGCACAGUCGUAUCAUCAAGCGUUCAUAACAGGCAUGGACACAUGUCUGCUCAAACCAUUUGUGGUUACAUGCAGCAAGGACAACAGUGUGCGUGUGUGGAACUUUGAAGAUCGCUCUUGCGAGAUUUUGAAGUUUUUCCCAUCAGAAGCGUUAUCUGUUUCCAUACAUCCAAAUGGUUUGUAUCUGUUGGUUGGAUGUAUGGACUGUUUGCAUCUGUUGAACAUGGUCAUUGAUGAUUUGAGUUUAUGGAAAGAAUUCCCAUCUGUGAAAGGGUGCACGGACUGCGCCUUCAGCCGCGGUGGACAAUGUUUCGCAGCUGCUACUGGCAACGUCAUUCAUGUAAUCUCGACUUAUACCGGUCAAAUCAUUGGUCAUUUGCGGGGUCACACAAACAAGGUGCGAAGCAUUUGGUGGGCAUAUGAUGACUUCAGCAUAGUGACUUCGGGAAUGGAUGGGGCCAUCUAUGAAUGGUCGCUAAAGACAUGGGAGCGAAGCCGUGAGUAUGUCACUGAAGGUUGCCCACAAACGUGUGCGAUUGGGACCAAAAGCUCGAAUCGCUUUUUCAGCACCACUUCAAAUUGUAAACUUCGGGAGCUGGAUAGUGUGGAAGUUUUCCAUACUAUUGAAAGCAAUGUAAACCUCACCCAGAUUGUUCAAUUCGUAGAAGGUUCCGUGUUGUUCGUGGGCACGGAACAUGGAGCCAUUCGAGCUUAUGAUUAUCCUCUCACAGGCAUGCUUCUUCUAGUCCUCAUAGUACUGUUGCGUGACAUUGAUUUGGCAACUACAUACGUAAAUCUGGAAUCUGAUAAUUACCUGGUCUUCAAUUAUACUAAACAGGAUUGA